GUUUUUGUCCGCCCAGCUGUGAACUACUUUCUAUCGGUCGAAGCGAACUAAAGCGCUUGUCCUGUUGUGUGCCUUUACUCGAAUAAGAUUUAUAUAAUACGAUUUACAUUGCAGAGUAUUCUCGAACAUUGAUAUUUUUAUAUUUGCAUACUAUUCGCGUAGCAUGAGACAGCGAAAUCGUAGAACUAACAAAACACUGAAACGUCGCCAGCAUCAAGAGCAAAUAGAUCGCAACUGUUGCUUGAGUAAACGUUGUAACUAUGAUAAUAUCUGGCAACAUUUUAAUCGCAAUGCCACCCUUGAGGAAAUUCGACAUGCGGCGGCACGCAUUUGCCGGGACUAUCUAACCGGGCGCUGGAAAGUGGUGACUCCUGAAAAUCUGGUGGUGAAGCGCAUUAGUGGUGGCCUUUCAAACUUUUUGUAUUACGUAAGUCUGCCCGGCUUGGAUGACAUCGAUGAGCAGGAGGAGGAGCAACAGCGGCGCCACCUGGCAAAUGUCAACGCCAUCGGCAAAGACGUCAUUGCCACCUCAACUCUGGCCAACAGCAACUUGGCAUAUAUAUGUGGAGGUGAAGCGGGGGAGGUCGACGCCAAGUCGCCGGGCCUAACCACGGAACUGGCAGACAACGAUGACGAUGACGACGCAGCGACGAGCGCCAAACAGGCGCACAAACGCCAGCGUUUUGAUAGUGAUAGCGGCGACUCAAGCUCGUUGAAACGAAUGCACGCUCUCAAGCAGGAACCCCGAGAGGUCCUCUUGCGCAUCUAUGGACAAACCCACGGCGAUCAUGCGCUGGAAAGCAUGAUCACGGAGUCGGUGGUCUUUGCACUGCUCAGUGAACGGAACUUUGGGCCGAAGCUACACGGCAUCUUUCCGGGCGGCCGCAUCGAGCAAUAUAUUCCGGCACGUUCGUUGACUACAUCCGAAUUGGCCGAACAGCGUAUAUUAAUGAAAGUGGCAGAGAAAAUGGGCGAGAUUCACAGUCUUAACAUACCCAUGUCCAAGGAGCCGGACUGGAUAUGGAAUUGUAUGCAGCGCUGGAUAUCAAGCUAUGAUAGCAUUGUCAAGGGCAAUGUCCAAUCUAAGCCGGACUCAACGGUUUUGCUGAAGCAAACUGAGCUGAUGAGCACCCUCGACUAUGUGCAGGAGAUUGCCUGGAUAAAGUCAGUGAUCGAUGCCGGCGAAUAUCCGGUUGUAUUCUGUCAUAACGAUUUACAGGAAGGAAACAUUCUGCUGCGUCAGCCGCCGCCAAAUGGUCAAAGCGAACGCACUCCCAGAGAGUCGAUUAGUAGCCUGAGAUCCAAUUUCGACGAGACACUGGGUGAUAGUCUGGAUGGCAACAGCAACAUAUCUGAGACGGAGGUCAACAAGUCUCACUGUUUGUCGUCGCCGCCUUGCCCUGAGUUGGACACCACGAAUGAUUCAGCGCUGGAUGCCAGCUUCACGAUCGACACAGAGCCGGAUCUCAUUAUUAUUGAUUUUGAGUACUGCGCAUACAACUAUCGGGGCUACGAUCUGGCCAAUCACUUCAUUGAGUGGACUUUUGACUACACCAAUCCAAAGUUCCCUUAUUUCUAUCAUAACACCAGCAACUGUGCCACCUUAUCACAGAGGCGCGACUUCAUUGUUAACUAUCUGAAGAAGUUUCACGAUAAUGAAAACUAUAAUCCCACCGGCCCGGAGCUGGAGAAAGUGGAUGACGAGAUUCAGUUCUUUACGAUGCUGUCUCAUCUGUUCUGGAGCCUCUGGUCCGUGAUCAAUGUCACAUCUGCAAUUGAGUUUGGCUAUUGGGAAUAUGGCAUCGCCCGAAUUCUGGAAUACCAAAAAUUAAAGGCGGCCUAUUUGGAAAACAGAGAGCGGGCUAAGGGCAAGCACUGAUCCUGGGUCGGAAACCACCAAGCUUCACUUAAAUCGAAUUUGAAACGUACUUAAGUGACCUAAAGCAUUAAUUCCCAGUUCCCCUUAUUCGGUAUUUUACUUUACUUGCUUAAAACGAUCUUAUCAAAGCUACCUUAACCUGUCACGAGGAAAAUGGCAAGAUAUCGAACACUUCAGCAAGACUAACUUAUUUUUGUACAAAAAAUUAGCUAUAUAGAAUUGAUAAAUCUGAAAACUGAAAACAAAAGUCAAAAUACCAAUUAUUGCUGUGAUUAUUGUGUGAGGCAGAUGACAGAGAAUGAGAUAGCAACAAAUUUACUAAGCUUCUUAUAUACACUUUUCCUGUAAACAUUUAAAUUGCCUUUAUAUCUAACAGCAAUUUGUUGAUCGUGUGGCGAAAGUGUAAUAACGUUUCCAUUUUCACACAUAUUCGAUCGAAAGUAUUACACAGACAGCACAUCCGAUUAGAACAUCUGAAACUAUCUUAAUCAACGCAAGCUCAUUUCACAAAUAACUAUCUAAAAUUGUAAACAUUACGCCAUC